UCUCUCUCUCUUGUCUCUCUCAUAUCUUCGUGGUACGCCAUAGCUCGUCUUCAAAGUCGUCUUUUCUUUUCUUUUCUUGUUUCAAUCAGAUCUCUUGGUCACUUGUUAACCAAAAGAAUCAUGGAGCUCAACUUCCUAUCUAGAGCUCUUACAUCAUUCAUCCUUGUACUCACAGUACUUGCAUCCUUCUCAUCUUCAAGUUUCAUCUCUGAUGGUGUGUUCGAACCGCAGAAUUUGGCUAUUGGAAGAAACCUACUUCAGACCAAGAAAGCAUGUCCUGUGAACUUUGAGUUUAUGAACUACACAAUCAUAACAAGCCAAUGCAAAGGUCCCAAAUUCCCACCCAAGGAAUGCUGUGGCGCUUUCAAGGACUUUGCAUGUCCUUACACUGAUGAGAUCAACGACUUGAGUAAUGAGUGUGCUACCACUAUGUUCAGUUACAUCAAUCUCUAUGGAAAAUACCCACCGGGACUCUUCGCAAACCAGUGCCAAGAAGGUAAAGAAGGUCUCGCCUGCCCCGCUAUGUCUCCCACCUCAGCAAGCGACACAAACGCAGCCACCACAGCUGCUUCUCGUCUUUGGCUGGCCGUCUUCACGGCUUUCUUGGUGUUUGUUAACUUGCUCUAAGUCCCAUGUCUGUAAUAUAGCAACUUGAGGAAGAUGGAUCUAUGUAUAUCCACGAUUUGUUUUACUUGUACCAUCUCAUUCUUUUGAUUUUUGGAGCUUCAAAAAAUUCUAAAUUGAUAAUAUGUAUUGACUUUUGUGCGUCUCA